CUGGUGCGUUAAGCAGCAACACAUAGACCUGGUGGCCGAAGGAUUUUGGGAGGAGCUGCUGGAUUCAUACCAGCCAAACUUCACCGUCAUGGACUGGUACGAAAACAGCAAAUUGGCCGACUCUGUCUAUGAACUCCACGUCCGGCUCCUGGGAGCAGACAGGGCCACGGUGCUGGGUGAAUUUCACCACGUGGCACAUGAGGCGAGGCAGGACAGGCAGGAAAACAAGAACUGGCAUCACGUCUCCCACGUAUUCCAGCGCUACGGAGCAGGACUGCGCUAUGUCCACUUCCUCCACAAGGCCAAAGAGGUCGAGACGCCGGCUGGAUUCCUCCGGACGAGAGUGACGGACAGCAGCGUCUCUGCCCAGCUGCGGACUGAUGGCAAAUCCCCCAGUUUGGACAGACCUUUUGCCAUGGGCAACGCAGAGGAUUCUGGGAGGGAGAUCUUCCAGUUGACCAGAGAAUUUGCCCUGGAGACAUGA